AAACAAAAAUCCUCUCAACUCUCAACUCUCAACUCUCAACUCUCAAGUCUCAACUCAACCUCUUGUUCUACGCGUCACUGGUUCUCUCCUUCUACGGUUCUUAUACCCAUUCACAGUGUUAUUGUUCUACCUUCCCGUCGCUCCGUGCGUGGCCGUCGCCUCCGCAGCAGUCCUCCCCUUCAACCGCAGUACCAGUGCCAGGUUCUAAGCAGGUUCGGGUUUCAUGGAUUGAAUGAAUUGGUGAUUAAACAGGUUCGAGUAUUAUGCGGGUAAUUCUAAACGGAUUUGGGACGGAUUUAGUUACUGUUGGUUUAUUCCUUAACAGAUUCGGGGCGGGUUCGUGUACUUAAAAUUAAUAAUCGGGUUCAGGUAGUUUAUUUCUGGUGGGCAUCGCCCUGCUGCUAUCCCAAUUUCGUAUGGAUGGUAGUAAAAGCCAAAGAAAAAAGUUUCUAAAACCCUCACCGCAAUAAACCCUGAAAAACCCUCAUUUCACCAAUCUUUGCUCAUGAUUGGAUAACAUUUUGCCCCCAAUUUCUUAGUCGUCCAUUGAAUCGAGGUUUUGCUUAAUUAUUCAAAUCUACAAUUCCAAAAUAAAAAAAAAAAAAUUUUGGGUUUUGUCAAAAUGGUGGAGAUCAGUAGGGACGAUGGACGUACACCAAACCAGCUGAGACCUCUCGCUUGCUCCCGCAACGUUCUCCACCGUGCCCAUGGCUCAGCUAGUUGGUCUCAAGGAGAUACAAAGGUUUUAGCUGCUGUUUAUGGACCUAAAGCUGGAACAAAGAAGAAUGAGAACCCUGAGAAGGCAUGCAUUGAAGUUAUUUGGAAGCCUAAAACUGGACAGAUCGGAAAACUGGAAAAGGAAUAUGAGAUGAUACUGAAAAGAACUCUGCAAGGCAUCUGCAUUUUGACUAUUAACCCAAAUACAACGACAUCAGUUAUAAUUCAGGUUGUUCAUGAUGAUGGUGCUCUUCUGACAUGUGCCAUAAAUGCAGCAUGCGCUGCCCUUGUAGAUGCUGGAAUUCCUUUGAGGCAUCUAGCUGUUGCAAUCUGUUGUUGUUUGGCAGAAGGUGGGUACGUUAUACUGGAUCCAACCAAGUUGGAAGAACAGAAAAUGAAGGGAUUUGCAUAUUUAGUCUUUCCAAACUCAAUUCAGUCUGUUCUGCCACAAGGGUCAGCGUUGGUGGAAGGUGAACCUAUUGAACAUGGGAUCCUCACCUCUGUCACCCAUGGUGUGAUGUCAGUGGAAGAAUACCUCAAAUGUCUAGAUCGAGGCCGUGCAGCCUGUGCAAAGUUGUCUGAUUUCUUUAGGAAGGUAUUAAAAGUACAACUUCCAAGUGACUCAUCAAAAUCCGGUUGAUUUCGAACAUGAAAGGAAGUAUAUUGCAUGCACUCUCAACUGCUUCAGAGACUACUGCAUGCACUGUAACCUUAUCCAAAAGUUGUAAGGGUUGUACCAAGGAUGCAUUUUAUGCAACAGAUAGAGGUUUUAAUCCCCUUUUUUGUGGUCUUCUUGACCAAAUUGUAUUGAAGUGUUUGUUUCUCUAUGUAGUGAAAAUUUUCAGAUGUUAUCUUGAUUUACUGCUAAGGGUAAAUAUUCAAUUGAUAAAAAUAUACAAAUCGAAUGUC